UCAUAUAUGGAACCACAGCACUGUCAAACAGCCGUGGUUCAAGCAAACAGCCAUGUGGCAUCCAGGUAUUCGUAGUCCGUAUGACCGAGCGUGGGUCAAACACCCCUGCGUCGUUCAUCCGACCGCAUAGCACCCUAACCAGAUUCCGUACUGCGAACAACGGACCGCCCAUCCCCCCUGGGCACGAUCCGACCAGACUUGGGUAUCAUUGAUGCAAGGCCAACACAUCCCAUCCACGGAUCAUACAGCCAGCCAAACACGGGCCAGCUUGUAACAUAGUACCACAUAUAUACACGCAAAGCAACGUUUGUUCCACUAUGCACAACCUGGAUCGAUAUAAUGUAUACCCAAAAAUUGGAGAGAUACAAGCACGACAUAGCAGAGAGGCAUUGUGGCUUCCGUACAUAUACAGGCACUCUCCUGAUUCGGGAACAGGACAGCGACUAUCGGAAACGAAUCUGGUCUAAUACUAUAGAGACCAAUCCGGUGAGGGGGAUGGGGGAUAUUAUCGAAUACAACCUCCAGAGCGAGGAACGUGCUGAGGGCUUCCUCAUGAUGAUACGCAAGACAAAUCAGAUGUUAUAUCAAGCCCUGGAAACGUUCGGGGAGAAAGGGAAAUUUGUCAGGAAACCCCCUCCCGCUGUGGCACUGACGGACACCGUGCGCGCAGCACUCGGGGAAAAGGUGAAAGCUCUAUGGUACGUGAAUCAAAACCCUGUUUACAACCGGGGGACCGGGACCAUCUGGCCCGCUCUAGAGAAACUGAAGGAACAUGAGCAACUGCUUCCUGAGGAAAUAGCAGUGUUCGAGAUAAAACGCAAGGAUACCGUUGCUAUGAUGAAGUACCUGGAAGACAUGAGCAAGGACACUACCAUCCCAGAACCCAACCGCAGGUUCAUCUUCCUGUCCUGGGCCUACCCCGAUGUUUCCUCACAGCUAUACAUGCCUGGAACACCUCCCUACCACUCCACCUUACUAGAUGUCUAUGUGAUUGUAUAG